AUGAACUUGCAUCCUCCAAACCUGCUUGGUUGUUUGCUUGAGUCAGCUGUUUCAACUCAUUGUUCCCUGCUUGGUCGUGCUGUCCAUGGACACAUCAUCAAGACGCAUGACACCCCUCUCCCAACCUUUCUCUGCAACCACCUUGUCAACAUGUACUCCAAACUCGACCAUCUAAACUCAGCCCAACACGUUCUCUCACUCACCAACGUGCGCACCGUUGUUACUUGGACCUCUCUCAUCUCUGGUUGCGUUCAAAAUGGUCGUUUCAUCACUGCUCUCCUUCACUUCUCUACCAUGCGUCGUGAGUGUGUUCAACCUAAUGACUUCACAUUUCCUUGUGUCUUCAAAGCCUCGGCUUCGUUGCAAAUGCCCAUGACUGGAAAACAAGUUCACGCCCUUGCGUUGAAAGGUGGCCAAAUAUUUGAUGUGUUUGUGGGGUGCAGUGCCUUUGACAUGUACAGCAAAACUGGCCAUAGAGCUGAGGCUCGGAACAUGUUUGAUGAAAUGCCGCAUAGAAACUUGGCCACAUGGAAUGCAUAUAUUUCUAAUGCAGUUCAGGAUUGCCGUUCUCUGGAUGCAAUUGGUGCAUUCAAAGAGUUUCUUUUUGUGGAUGGAAAGCCAAAUCCCAUAACAUUUUGUGCAUUUCUCAAUGCCUGUGUUGACACAUUAAGUUUGGAGCUUGGGCGUCAGUUACAUGCCUUUAUAUUUCGUAGUGGAUACAGGGAGGAUGUUUCUGUUUUGAAUGGGCUUAUUGAUUUCUAUGGAAAAUGUGGAGACAUUGUAUCUUCUGAAAUGGUUUUUAAUGGAAUUGGCAGGAGGAAUGUUGUUUCUUGGUGCUCUAUGCUUGCUGCCCUAGUGCAAAACCAUGAGGAAGAGAGGGCUUGUAUGGUCUUCCUGCAGGCAAGGAAAGAAGUUGAACCAACGGAUUUCAUGAUAUCAAGUGUACUCAGUGCUUGUGCUGAGCUUGGAGGGCUUGAAUUGGGCAGGUCUGUUCAUGCUCUUGCUGUCAAAUCAUGUGUCGAGGAGAAUAUAUUUGUUGGGAGUGCACUUGUUGACUUGUAUGGAAAAUGUGGAAGUAUAGAGAAUGCAGAGCAAGUCUUUAGGGAAAUGCCUGAGAGGAACCUAGUCACUUGGAAUGCAAUGAUAGGUGGAUAUUCACACCAAGGUGAUGUCGACCUGGCUUUGGGUCUAUUUGAGGAGAUGACAUUGGCCAGUUGUGGUAUAGUACCAAGUUAUGUCACACUAGUUUCUGUAUUAUCAGCCUGUAGUAGGGCAGGGGCAGUGGAGAGAGGCAUGCAGAUAUUUGGGUGGAUGAGAGUGAAGUAUGGAAUUGAACCAGGUGCAGAGCAUUAUGCAUGUGUUGUAGACCUUCUUGGGAGAUCUGGUUUGGUAGACCGUGCAUAUGAAUUUAUAAAAAAAAUGCCAAUUCAUCCCACUAUUUCGGUGUGGGGAGCUCUACUGGGGGCUUGUAGGAUGCAUGGGAAACCAAAGUUGGGAAAAAUUGCAGCCGAAAAAUUAUUUGAACUUGAUCCUGAAGACUCUGGCAAUCAUGUAGUGCUUUCCAACAUGCUUGCAACUGCUGGCAGAUGGGAAGAAGCCACUAUUGUCAGGAAGGAAAUGAAAGAUAUUGGUAUUACAAAGAAUGUUGGUUAUAGUUGGAUUGCUGUAAAGAACAGAGUCCAUGUUUUCCAAGCAAAGGAUAGCUCUCAUGAAAAGAACUCUGAGAUUCAGGGAAUGCUAGCUAAGCUCAGGAGGGAGAUGAAGGAAGCUGGGUAUGUCCCUGAUACUAAUCUAUCGCUCUUUGAUUUAGAAGAAGAAGAAAAGGCUUCAGAAGUCUGGUACCACAGUGAGAAGAUUGCUCUUGCUUUUGGGCUCAUAGCUCUCCCUCAUGGAGUGCCCAUACGGAUCACAAAAAAUCUUAGGAUUUGUGGAGAUUGCCAUAGUGCCAUUAAGUUCAUCUCAAGAAUUGUUGGUAGAGAAAUUAUUGUGAGAGAUAAUAGUCGUUUUCAUCGCUUUAAGGGUGGUUCGUGCUCUUGUAAAGACUAUUGGUAA